UACAUCUUAAGUAAAUUUAAUCGAGAUUGUGUUUUUUUCUCAAUUCAAUGUUCAUACGUGGAAGAAAGAAGCUCAAAUGUCACUGUUCUUUCACCUUAAUUAUCUUCCCACUUUUUCUUAAUCAUUCAGUAACUUACUAAUUAACCCAUUCCCAUUCCUUUUCAUCUUCUCCCUAUAUAUAUUAUCCAUGGCUGUCUGUUUUCAAUAACUCAUCUUCCUCUUAGCUUAGCAUCUGGGUUCUCUGUUUUGUUUUCAAACCAGAUGAGGAAAAUUUCCGCCAUUGUUCUACUCCUAUGGGUGAUGAUGUAUGGUUUUGUUUCGUGUAAAGAAUGCACAAACCAAGUAUCUUCACACACUCUCCGAUACCAGAUGUCGAUAAACGAGACCUUGCAAAAGGAAAUGUUAAUUGGGCACGAUCAUCAUUACCAUCUUACGCCAACUGAUGAAUCCGCAUGGUCUGAAUUGCUUCCUGUUAAGGAUAAGGAGAAGGGGAUUAAUGAACAAGUUCCAUGGUUGAUGAUGUAUAGAAAAAUUAAGACUCCAUUAUAUCAUCAUCCAGGCGUGGAUGGAAAUUUCUUAAAAGAGAUUUCUCUUCAUUAUGUCAGAUUAGAUCCUGAAUCUCUUCAUGGCCAAGCUCAACAAACUAAUUUGGAAUAUCUAUUAAUGUUGGAUGUCGAUAGUUUGGUCUGGAGUUUUAGAGCCACGGCUGGUCUCCCAACUCUCGGUCAGCCUUACAGUGGUUGGGAAGACCCAUCUCAGGAACUUCGUGGCCAUUUUGUCGGGCAUUACCUUAGCGCGACAGCACAGAUGUGGGCUAGUACUCAUAACGAUGCCCUGAAACGGAGAAUGACGGCAGUGGUUUCUGCUCUGUCUGCCUGUCAAUUCUUUAUGGGUUCAGGCUAUCUUUCUGCUUUCCCGACGAGUUUCUUCGACAGGUUUGAACAAGUAACGUAUGUUUGGGCGCCUUACUAUACCAUUCAUAAGAUAAUGACAGGUCUUUUAGAUCAAUACAUUUUGGCAAGUAAUAGUCAAGCUCUCAAAGUUGUCAAUUGGAUGGCUGACUAUUUCUUCAACCGUGUUCAAAAUGUAAUCUUUAAGUAUAGUAUUGAAAGACAUUGGCUUUCCUUAAACGAAGAAACCGGGGGCAUGAACGAGCUUCUCUAUAGGCUAUACAUCGUAACGGGUAAUAAGAAGCAUUUGUUGCUGGCUCACCUUUUCGACAAACCAUGUUUUCUAGGAUUGCUUGCAGUCAAGGCUGAUGAUAUAUCUGGGUUUCAUGCAAACACUCAUAUUCCUAUUGUGGUUGGCUCUCAAAUGAGAUAUGAAGUAACUGGAGAACCACUAUACAAGGAAAUAGGAAUGUUCUUCAUGGAUAUUGUUAAUUCAUCUCACGUUUACGCAACUGGAGGAACAUCUGUGAAUGAAUUGUGGUCAGAACCGAACAGAUUGGCGAGCACAUUGGGGAAUGAUAAUGAAGAAUCUUGUACAACUUACAACAUGCUUAAGAUUUCUCGAAACUUGUUUAGAUGGACUAAGGAAAUGGCGUAUGCUGAUUAUUACGAGAGAGCUCUUACUAAUGGUGUCAUGAGUAUUCAAAGGGGAAGAGAACCUGGUGUUAUGAUUUAUUUGCUUCCACUUGGUCCUGGUUCUUCAAAGGCUACAACUUCUCAUGGAUGGGGAAACCAGUUUGAUUCUUUCUGGUGCUGUUAUGGAACAGGGAUUGAAUCGUUUUCAAAGCUUGGCGACUCGAUUUACUUUGAGGAAGGAGGAGAUAUUCCAGGUCUUUAUAUAAUUCAAUACAUAUCUAGUUCAAUCAAUUGGAGAUCAGGACAAAUCAUGUUAACACAGAAAGUACAACGCUUCGCUUCCUUCGAUCCACACCUUCGAGUAACACUAACCGCAUCGAAGUGCAGAGCAGGGGUUGAAUCAACUUUCCAUUUGCGCAUACCUUCUUGGUCUUAUUUCUACGGUUCUAAGGCAUUAUUAAAUGAAGAGAACUUAGCUUUACCAUCACCAGGUAAGUUUCUAUCAAUAACUAGGAAGUGGAAGUCUGGUGAUAAGAUUACUCUUGAACUUCCAUUUGGUCUAAGAACAGAGGCGAUUAAAGAUGAUCGGCCCGAGUAUUCAUCUCUUCAGGCUGUGUUAUACGGUCCUUAUCUUCUAGCCGGGUUAAGCAAUGGCGAUUCAGAUAUAAAAACAAGCAAAAUGGCAUCUCUUUCAGAUUGGAUAACUCCAAUUCCAAUAACCUACAAUUCACAGCUAAUUUCCCUAUCUCAACAAUCAGGAGACACAACAUUCGUAUUCACAAACUCAAACGACACAAUCACCCUGGAGAAAUACCCAUCUCCGGGAACAGACGCAGCCGUCCACGCCACUUUCCGACUGAUCAGGACAGACUCAAAGAUUUCAUCAGGAAAAGCAGCCAUCGGAAAAUACGUGAUGCUGGAGCCAAUGGAUUUUCCGGGGAAGUUGGUGGCGCAAAGGGGUGCAGGGGAAGAGUUAGUGGUUGCGGAUUAUGGGGUGAAAGGAGGGACUGUGUUUCAUAUGGUUGAAGGGCUUGGUGGGGAUAUGGAGACGGUUUCACUUGAAUCUGAUAGUGAAAGAGGGUGUUUUGUGCUUAGGACUGGUUCGGAUAUAACUCUGAGUUGCAGGUCUAACUUGGGUGAUUUGAAAUCGGUUCAUGCUUUUGAAGAGGCUGCAAGUUUUAAGAUGGAAGGUGGGAUAAGUGAGUAUCAUCCGGUUAGCUUUGUAGCUAAAGGGGCUAAUAGGAACUUUCUUCUUUCACCUUUGUUUAACUUGAGAGAUGAAUCCUAUACUGUCUAUUUCAAUGUUCAUUCUUGAAUAAUGUGAUAAGCUCAAAGCUUUGUGUAAUUUUUAGGGUAUAAAAGAAGAGUAUCAUUAGUAAUAAAUAAACUAUUUCAAUAUCCUUCAUA